UGCCACUGGCCAAGUGAAAUGUCUCAGCAGAGUCCCUGGGUUGCAAUUUUUUUAGAGCACGCUGGCCUGCGGGGCAUGUGGAUGCACACAGGGCGAGACUGUGCCCUGCCCUUGCAGAUCACACGUUCUUUCCUCUGGGGCCCAAGCUGUGGUCCCAGAGGAUUCCAGAAAUAGUCCAUGUGCUGGGUUAAUCGGACACACAGCUCUCGUUUUGCCUUGCAGAUGUGGGGAAAUGGCACGCACGCUUCAGGGGAAGCCCCAGGCUCUCACCCGAACAGUUCAGCACCUUUCCAGUGUGUGGCUGAGGCAGAGUUCCAGCACCUGCUCCUGCCGAUCACGUACAGCCUGGUCUGCGUCCUGAGCCUGGCCUCCAACGGCGUGGCCCUGUGGAGCUGCUGGGCCAGCCGGGCCCAGGCGCCACCCAUUAUGAUUUUCAUCUACAACCUCAUUGUCAUUGACCUGCUCUUUGCCUUCUCACUGCCCUUGCAGGCAGUGUAUCAUGCUCGACGCAAUGACUGGCCCUUUGGCGAAGGCCUCUGUAAGGUCACCAACGCCCUCUUCCUGGCCAAUAUGUUCAGCUGCACCCUCUUCCUAGCUUGCAUCUGCCUGGAGCGUUACGUGGCCAUUAUCCACCCCGUCCGCUACCUGCGCUUGAGGUGGCCCCUCUACCGUGUGCUGCUCUCCAUGGCCAUCUGGUCCUUGGUAGGGAUUGGGCUGUUGAUACUCUUCUCCAAGAAGACGGUGACCCGACGCUUCACGAAUGGGAAUACAGCCUGCAUGGAGAAUUUCCCAGCUCAGGUCUGGAGCGGAGGCCUGGCAGCCAUGGUCCUGACCUGCUCGGCCCUGGGCUUCUUUGUGCCUUUCCUCACCAUCAUCAUCUGCUCCAUCGUGAUUGCUCGGCGCAUUAUGAACCUGCCCCAAGGCUCGGCCCAGGCAUCUUCACUGCGCAGGCGUUCACUCCACACCCUCCUGAUGGUGACUGGCCUGCUCACCUUCUGCUUCCUACCUUUCCACACCAUCCACUCGCUGCAUACCCUUGCCCGGAUUGGCAUCUUGCCAGCCCCAGGGCUGCUGUACUUCACAUGUUCAGCCCAGCGUGCAGCCAUGGCCCUUGCCAGCAUCAACAGUGCCCUGGACCCUCUUGUGUACUACUUCAACACAAAGCCUGCCAACCGGAAACUACCUUGCUGUGCCACAGUUGGUCAGAGCUUCAUGGAUUCAGGCGAGGCUGCCAGCCUGACACUGGAGGGCCUCAGGGGCGUGGCUUAGAAACUGAACUGCUUCCAGCCUGGGGGCCAAAUCAACUUCAGACAACAGGCCAAAGGCAAAAGGGGCAGGAACAACAUGCCAGCAUGCUUGAGUUUAAUAUCCUUAGUCCCAGAGGCAUUUCAAUCUUUUGCAAGGGUGCAGGGGGAUAUGAAAAUCUGGGAAGCCACCAAAUAGUUGGCAUUCGGUAGAAACUGGCUGGUGUCUGGGGAAAGGGGAUCUGGUCAUUUGGAAAAAGUCAGAGAGCCAGCCGGGGUCCCCAGGUGGCCAGAUUUGAUCUGCAGGGCUGAGGUUCAACACCCCUGACCUAGAGACUGAGGGUUUGCUUAAUAUUACUGUCCAGAGAAUCAUCUGACUUGUCUUACCACCAGCUCCACCAAAAUUCGUAUUUGAACGUGAAUGACCUCUAGAAUGGUGUCCUUACUUGAAUAAGGAUGGAAUAAUCUUCAAUGUCAAGGCAGCUUUGGUAUGCCUAAACUGAAUACACUGGUAUUGGAGGCUCAGAAUGUAGAUUGCAUGCUUGUGCAAGGCAGUUCAGUGGAAGAAGAACAUGGAGGAGUUUCAGUGAAGUCCUUCUGAAAAGGCAUAUUAUUGUAUGUACUGUUGCUCUUUGUGCGUUAAACACAUACACCCCACCACACACACACGAUCAAUAUGCUUGCCUGCAUUUUUGGCAUGUCCUUGGGUGUGCGGCUAUGGGGCUGCCCUGAUGAGCUCCUGCAGUUCAAAAGUUACCACUGUGCAACUUGCAAGGCUUACGACGUGGGUCUGCUUGGUCUGAGCCAAGAUCCAGAGGGCAGCAGGGAGAGCCUUCUCAGAGUUGGGCGCGUGCAUGGGCACACACGCAGCAGGUCCAAAUGGGCAUGGUGGGCCGGAUCCGGCCCCUGGGCUGUAGUUUGAGGACCCAUGGAUCACAGGGUCAUGGUGGGCUUUAGGGAUUUGGCAUAAGGACCAGCAGCUCUGAAUGUUUUUGGAACAGUCAACUGGCCUCAGAGUUGGGGUUCUGAAAUUAAUGCUUGGCAAAGUGUAUGUGAGUAAGAGAAGCAGCAAUUUCAAAUGGAGGUGGGAGCGGAAUAGGGGUACUGAGAGCUGGCUGAAGGUAAAGCAUCUUUGUAUCUCUUUUUUGGCGGUUCUGAUAUAAGUAAUGUAUUUGCUGCCUUGUGUUAGUGCCUCUGCCUCCACUUACACUGUAGCUUUGUAAAUCAAACCAAUACUGUAAAAACCAGGCAUGUCUUUGAUGUGUUCUUUCUGUCCCUGGAACAUCUUAUUACCUGGAAAAGUGGAGAUACACAAUGGUAUUUAAAAAAACAUAAAUACACGUGCCUACUUUGAAACUCCAUAUUGAUGUUUUGCGUCUUGUAGGUCUCUGCUCUUUGUUCUGCACACAGAAGUCUUCAGUUUGUUCAUUCUGUCUCCCCUUCUCACACUCCUAUAGCUGUGAGCAAAUAUACUACAAAACCAUGUUUUGUAAAUAUGCCUCCUCUAAGCCUAGGUACAAAAAGAAACUGGCUACUGAAAGGGAAAAAAAAUGGUAGGGUUGGCUGAAAGAACAGGAUGGAACUGCUUUGCAAGUGUGAGACAAAGGUAUUUAUUUUAUAAUAAAAAGGAAUAAGAAUGCAACAUAAAAUAA